AUGGCCUCGACCAACGCCACCUCCGCCGCCGACGCCACCCCCGCCGCCGACGCCGCCGACGCUGCCGACGCCAACAAGCCUUCUGAGCCUGUUGCGCGCGAUGUUGCCCAAUACCGGGACGACACCAAAACCUUCGAGCAGUGGCUCUUUUUGGUUACUGACGAGAUUAUCCGUGCGAACCCUACCAAAAUGAAGCCUACGGGUCCCCAUAUCGGUGACCACACCACCCGUGACUGGGCUCCCCGGUCCCGUCUGGUUGUUCAGUUUCGGGAAUCGGUGCCUUCGUACAUCCUGCCGACCAUCAACUCGGCUAUCGAGACCCGAAAGAAGGUCUACGAUUUAUACAAGGCGACGGAGGGUAACACGACGCAUGAGGACAGGCAACAUCUGUUCUUCAUUCAGUCCCUGACCACGAGCUUCAAUAUUCUCGGUGGACGCGAGUGGGUUAGGAAGCGGGAGGCUCGCAGGCAAGCUGCUGCUGCUGCUGCUGCUGCUUCCCAGGAUGACGGCUGGACUGAUGCCAGCAUGGCCACAAAGAAGAGCCGGCACCACACCGGUGUGGGUCAUAGCCUGGCCGGCACUGAGCCCGUAAUUGAAACUAUCGCCAAAUCUACUAAAAACUUCCAACUUCAACUAUAUUACCGUCUAUAUAUCUACUUCUUGGGCUUCAUCCUGGGCCCGGCCUUCAACGCCCACGGCGCGCAGGGCCCGAGGAGGCAUUACAAAGGCUUCUACACGUGGUCCGGGAACCCGUCGCCCUAA